CAGGAGAGUAGUUUGGAGAGAAGAGGAGACACGUUGUUAAACCCAGAGCACGGGACUCGCCGUUGAUAACCGAAUGGUGACCUAGCAUGGCCGGUACAGGAGUGUGUUGUGCAAGCCUGGAGGUGCCCAAGACCCUGAUGAAGAUGGGUCUGUGCAUGGUCCUCAUCGGCCAUGUCAACUUCCUGUUGGGAGCGCUGGUGCACGGCGUGGUGCUCAGGCACAUCAACCUCAACAAGGAGGCGUGGGCCAUGGAGUACGCCGUCUCCAACGUGGUCGCUCUCACCUCCGGCCUCGUAGGAAUUGUUGUUGGCAUUCUGGCUGUGGUCCUGUCUAAAAACAAGAAGAGUAGAGGCCUGACGUGGUCCCUUUUCUCCGUCAGCCUGGCGUCAGCUCUCAUGGCGGCUGCCUCCGCCAUCGGACUCUCCGUGUCUGCGGUGUGGGCCGUCGUUCACGGCGAGCGGAGCCUCCUGGCCCACUGCCACUUCCCCGACGACGUCGGCUACUCCAGCAUCGCCAAGGAGUGUCCUUUUGACCCCACACGCAUCUAUAGUACCACUCUGAUCCUCUGGGUGCCUCUGAUCGUGACUUGUGUCACCCAGACGGUGUUUUCAUCCCGGUGCUCGGCUGUCUGCAUUUCAUUCCUGGGUCUACCUUGCUGCCCCGGCAGGAAGAGAAGCAGGGACUGUGGCAGAGCGAUCAAUAUGGUGAGGCCGAUGGAUGUAGCCCCUCCAUCCCUCUACAAUGACCCUCCCUCCUGCUCCAAUGACCCUCCAUCCCGCUACAAUGACCCUCCAUCCCGCUACAAUGACCCUCCAUCCCGCUCCAAUGACCCUCCAUCCCGCUCCAAUGGCCCUCCAUCCCUCUACAAUGACCCUCCCUCCUGCUCCAAUGGCCCUCCAUCCCUCUACAAUGGCCCUCCAUCCCUCUACAAUGACCCUCCCUCCUGCUCCGAUGGCCCUCCAUCCCGCUCCGAUGGCCCUCCAUCCCGCUACGAUGGCCCUCCAUCCCGCUACGAUGGCCCUCCAUCCCGCUACGAUGGCCCUCCAUCCCGCUACGAUGGCCCUGGCCCUCCAUCCCGCUACGAUGGCCCUCCAUCCCGCUCCAAUGACCCUCCAUCCCGCUACGAUGGCCCUGGCCCUCCAUCCCGCUACGAUGGCCCUCCAUCCCGCUACGAUGGCCCUCCAUCCCGCUACAGUGGCCCUCCAUCCCGCUACAGUGGCCCUCCAUCCCGCUACGAUGGCCCUCCACAAAGCUACACUGAAUCAUCAACCCGUUACACUGAACCUUCACGAAGCUACUACCAACCUCCAAGACAGCACCACAGACCUUCUCUCCCUCCACAGCGUCUUCUUCAUCAACAUCGGAGCCUUCCUCCCUCGGAGAGGCACAGAGACCGGCCAGACGAAGAAAGGCCCCCGGAGCAGCACAAACUGCUGGAGAGGGGUACCCAUGAAAGGUCCAGCUUCUGGAUUUAGAUCUGUUUGUUUUUACCAUG